GUGUGUAAUUUGUGAGUUGUUGUGUGUAAGUGAAACUGAUCAAAGGCGCCACGGCUGGUGUUCUUGGCUCUGGAGGAGAACUUGCCGCGUCGAGAGGCGGCGGGGACGGAGGCGACCAGCUCAAUACACCCCCGCUGUGCCAGAGAACCGGAGAGCUUGGUGGGCAUUUCGCUUGGGGAUCAGGUGGCUCAUCCUGUCGCCCUCUUCCUCAUCCCAAAUGCAGAAUGCCAUAGCCUGAAAAACGCGCCGCCGCAUGCCAGGAGCAAGUGGUGGUGGGAGGAAGGGAGAGAAAGGAAGGAAGGAAAAAGUCCAAGCAAAUACAAAAGUAACUCAAGAUCUUUCAGCAAUGAAGAGCAACUUGGUCAGAAGCUUCGUGCCUUGGCUGGUUCUUCUCCUGUGGAGCCUGAGGUCUGCAGCUUCUCAAGCAGUCUGUGCAGGCACCCUGAAUGGUCUCAGUGUCACGGGAGAUUCCCACCAGACAUACCAGACACUACAGAAAAUGUACAACAACUGUGAGAUCGUCAUGGGCAACCUUGAGAUUGUGCUCAUUGAAAGAAAUUCGGACCUCUCAUUCUUGCAGGCUAUCCGAGAAGUGACUGGCUACGUUCUGAUCGCCAUGAACAUCUUCACGUACCUGCCACUGCAGAACCUGCGCAUAAUACGAGGGAUACAGCAGUAUGACGACUCUGGUGACAAGUAUGCCCUCUACAUCCUCCUCAACUAUGGAAAAAAUGCCACACAUGGGCUACAGCAGUUGGGCUUCAAUCAACUCACAGAAAUCCUGUCUGGGGGUGUCUACAUUGGGAGGAACCAGCAGUUGUGUCAUGUGGAUACUAUCAAUUGGGGAGACAUCAUCCGGGAUCCAAGCUACCCUGCAGUGAUCCAAAAGAAUGCAGACAAGUGUUCUCCAUGUCAUGAGAGCUGCAAUGGUCACUGCUGGGGUCCUGGUCCUAAUAACUGUCAAACAUUGACCAAGACCAUCUGUGCCCCCCAGUGCAAUGAGCGCUGCUUUGGCCCCAACCCCAAUGAAUGCUGCCAUGACGAAUGUGCAGGAGGCUGCACUGGCCCACUGAAGACAGAGUGUUUUGCCUGCCGGCAGGUAAAUGACAAUGGGGCCUGUGAAACACGCUGCCCUCUUCCGUUGAUCUACAACAAGCUCACCUUCCAACUGGAGCCAAACCCAGAUGCCAAAUACCAGUAUGGUGGCGUAUGCGUCAAAAACUGCCCCCAUAAUUUUGUGGUGGAUCAGAGUUUGUGCAUCCGGACCUGCCCUAAUCACAAAAUGGAAGUGGAAAAAGGCGGCCGGAAGAUAUGUGAGCCUUGCGUGGGGCUGUGCCCAAAAGCUUGUGAAGGGACUGGAAUUGGAAGCAAGUAUCAGACAGUGGAUUCCAGCAAUAUUGACAGCUUUAUCAACUGCACGAAAAUCUUGGGCAACCUGGACUUCCUUAUCACUGGUCUUGUAGGAGACCGCUGGCACAACAUAGCUCCCCUGGACCCAGAUAAACUCAACAUCUUCCAGACUGUGCGAGAGAUCACAGGUUACCUGAACAUCCAGUCGUGGCCCAAACACAUGCACAACUUCAGCGUCUUUUCCAACUUGGAAAUCAUUGGAGGACGCAGCUUGUAUAACCGUGGCUUUUCAUUGCUGAUCAUGAAGAACAUGAAUGUGACAUCUUUGGACUUCCGCUCGCUUAGGGAGAUCAGUGCCGGCAAGGUCUACAUUGCCGAGAACCGGCAGCUUUGCUAUUACAACACGGUCAACUGGGAACGUUUCUCCCGCCGGCGUUCGGACCUUGACAUCAAGAGCAACAAACCUGCCAGGAAAUGCACCCAAGAGGGGAAGGUCUGUCAUCCUCUUUGCUCCACUGAUGGCUGUUGGGGUCCUGACCCGGAUCAGUGUGUCUCCUGCCUUAACUACAGCCGUGACGGAACCUGUGUUGACUCAUGCAGCUUCUAUGAGGGGGAUGUUCGAGAAUUUGCACAAGACGGGGCGUGCUUCCCAUGCCACCCACAGUGCCAGAAGAUUGAAGGAAGCCUAACCUGCAAUGGAUCGGGUGCUGAUGCCUGUAUGAAUUGUGCUAACUACCAGGAUGGGCCGCACUGUGUAGAAAACUGCCCUGCAGGCAUCGUAGGGGUAAAGGGGCUCAUCUUCAAGUUCCCCUAUGCCAACAGUGAGUGUCGGCCAUGCCAUGAGAACUGCACGCAGGGGUGUGAUGGACCACAGCUUGAAGAUUGCUUCAUGGAGGAACUGCCUGUUCACAGGGUAGCUCCGACAGUGAUUGCUUUGACGGUUGUGGGCUGCCUCUUUGCCAUGUGUUCCUGCAUCUUACUCACCUUUCUGUAUUGCCGUGGCAAGAAGAUUCAGAAGAAGCGAGCCAUGCGCAGAUACCUGGAGAGAGGAGAGAGUUUGGAGCCCCUGGAUCCCAGCGAGAAAGCCAAUAAAGUCCUGGCUCGAAUCUUCAAGGAGACAGAAUUAAAGAAGCUGAAGGUUUUAGGAUCCGGAGUCUUUGGGACAGUGCACAAAGGUGUCUGGAUUCCAGAAGGAGACUCCAUCAAGAUCCCUGUGAGCAUCAAAGUAAUCCAAGACCCAAGUGGCCGGCAGACAUUUCAUGCUGUCACGGAUCACAUGAUGGCGAUAGGUAGCCUGGACCAUGCUUAUAUUGUCCGUCUCUUGGGUAUCUGUACUGGCACCCAACUGCAACUGGUCACCCAGUUCCUCGACCUCGGCUCGCUGCUGGAGUAUGUCCGCAAAAACAAAGAUGCCAUUGGCCCACAGCUGAUGCUCAACUGGUGUGUGCAGAUUGCCAAGGGCAUGUAUUACCUGGAGGAACACCGCAUGGUCCAUCGCAACCUUGCUGCUCGCAACGUUUUGGUAAAAUCCCCUAGCCAGGUACAGGUGGCAGAUUUUGGCAUUGCCGACUUGCUGUAUCCAGAUGACAAGAAAUACUUCUACAAUGAGAUCAAGACACCGAUAAAAUGGAUGGCUUUGGAGAGCAUACAUUUUGGAAAAUAUACACAUCAAAGUGACGUGUGGAGUUACGGAGUGACAUUGUGGGAGAUGAUGACCUUUGGAAAUGAGCCUUAUGCCGGAAUCCACCUUUCAGAAGUACCUGACCUUUUGGAGAAAGGGGAGCGUCUCUCGCAGCCCCAGAUCUGCACCAUUGAUGUCUACAUGGUGAUGGUAAAAUGCUGGAUGAUUGACGAGAACAUCCGCCCCACCUUCAAAGAGCUAGCCAAUGAGUUCACACGUAUGGCUCGUGACCCCCCUCGCUACCUGGUGAUUAAGAGAGAGAGUGGGCCACUUCCCCAAGUUGAGCCACCCACACUCAGUGAAAAGGAGCUAGACGAGAUGGAGACACUGGAAGUGGAGACAGAGUUGGAGGAGGAGGAGCUUAAUAACCUUUUUGCAUCCAGGCAGUGGAUUGACUCCAUGCGGAGCCCAACUCUUCUGAAUCCUUCCGCUGGAUACAUCCCCAUGAAUCAGAGCAGCCUCAGUGGAAAUCGUCAGAGCACUGGACUGGGCUCCCGGCAGACCUUGAGGAUAAGGCAGGAGUCGAUGGGCCGCACAGUGUCGGAGUCCUCAGAGGGACGGGGCACAACCUCUGAAUAUGACCUCAAUGAGGACCUGUCGUUGUCCGGGAGCCUGUGCCGCAGCUUGCAAUCUCGGGGAGACAGCGCCUACCUGUCUCAGCGAGAGAGCUUGAUGCUCCCAGUGGGGAGUGCUGAUGGAGAGGAAGAUGCCAAUGGCUACGUCAUGCCAGAUCAAAAUGGCAGAGAGCGUGCUGCUUGUAUUGCUGCCUCCUUGGUCCGUGGCUCAAUCCCGGUGUACGAAGUGGAUGAAGAGUACGAGUACAUGAACCGGAGAGCUCCACAGGCCCCAAAGGCCCGGCCAGCCUCUCUGGAGGAGCUUGGCUAUGAGUACAUGGAUCUGGGCUCUGAGCUGAGCACAUCUUUGGGCAGCGUGCCAAGCUCCCAGCUCACCACGCCUUGCCGGGACGAGGACGAGGACGAGGAAGACUAUGAGUACAUGAACAAACAGCCCAAGCUCAGCAAGUCCCUGAGUAGCAUCCGCAGUUCUCGGGGGGACUAUACGGAUAUGGACUCCGGCAUCACACAGGGCUCCCCAGACGAACAGGGCUAUGAGGAAAUGGAUGCUGUCUUGCCCCCAGUGCAGUGCCCUGGCUGCCAGAGUCCGCCCUGCCCCAAGAACGGAUUCGUGAAGCCCUUGCGCACUCUGGAGGCCUCGGACUGUGCUUUCGACAACCCAGAUUACUGGCACAGCCGGCUGUUCAGUCAGGCAGAUGUUCAGAGGACUUAGCGAGCGUUGGACUGGUGGUUUCAUUCGUCCUUUUGCUUGGGAGUAAAAACCCGAGCCCUUACUCUUUAUCGCUGCAAACACCAUUGUUGUGAUGGUGGGCUGAAAAAAAGGGGAAACACCCAUUAAGCCCCUGUGACAUUGACCCUGUAAUGGGCAAGUGUAGCGAGACCAACCGACGACGGGCUUCUCAAGUGUUGGAUGGCAGCUCCCCCCGCCUUGCACUGUGUUUUGACUGAUUACAAGUCAGGUCUCUUCUGUUCAAAUGCUCUGGACUUAAGAGGGCAAACGGAACCCUCUGAUCGGGCACAACCUAAACUCUGGGAGCCAUUCCUGUGCAAAGAGAGAGGGCUUAUUCUGCGAUAAGAGGACAGAUAACUGUAGGAAGCGACUGCUUCUGUGGACACAAAGGCCUCUGCGCUCAGGUGCAUAUGACACAGUCUCUUCAGGAAGCAGCUCUGUUCUAGAAAGCUGGGUAGAGUCUUCUGGGCUGACCCACCAAAGUGCUGAGUGCCCUACUGUACAGGGUCCUCAGUAACAGCCAAAGCCUUUGGGGGCCUGUCUCGGCCUUCAUCAUGACAACCCUCUGCCCACCAAUAGCAGGGGGGCGUUAAGCAUGAGGCAUGCGUGCUGAGCCUUGUAGGAGGCUGCAAAGACUGAAGGGAAGGCCUUGUCAAGGAAGAAGUCUUGCUUAUGUCUCUUCCCAACAAAAUAUGCAAUAAGGGUGUAUAUGAAGGAUAAUGGUGUGUCCCCCCCCCCCGGCACGAGCCUGACAACUUCAUUUAGGAAGACAGUGUACCCAAGUGUGGGUCUGAGAUAAAGACUUGUGGGCUGCAAUCCUACCUCUCAGUAAGACAAGGUGUAGAAAAUGUGUGUUAGAACCCAGAACUCCUGGGUUUUGUUUUCAGCUGUGUCACUGGUUAUUCAGCGUUCCGUUAGCAACCCUUGUUGUGCCUUAUCAGUUCCCAUAUCAGGAUGGGAGACCCUUGAGGAGGGAGGAGUGGAAAGGGAAUGAACAUGCUAGAGACCCAGACUUCCACCUCUAGCAUUAGAUGCUCGUUACUGCAGGCCAACCUAAAUUUUCUCCAGCCUGUGGAAGAUCUACUAUGGAUCUCGAGCAUCCCAGAACGAAAAGCAGGAGAGAGCAAUGGAACGGAAUGCAGCAGAGCGGCCUUUUCAAAGGCAGCCUUCUCCGCAUUCCCUCCCUCCGGUAAAUGGAUUAUGGGGUGCUUCUCAGGAUAGGUGCCAGGCAGACUUGCAAGCUGCUCCUGCCGAACUUUCCUCUUCUACACAACUGUGGAAGGUACAGGGUCCCUGCCCUCUUCUCCCUCUGGCCACCUAGGGCUCAGUAAAGAGGACAGCAGCAGCAACUCACGGUGCAACCCUACACGUCUACUCAGAGGCAAGUUCCACUGAGUUCAAUGGGGCUUAUGUCCAAGUAAGUGGGUAUAGGACUGCAGGCUGAAAUCGGUGAGCAAAACCAUGGAAAUGAGUUUUAGUGCUGAAGCUCAGGAGUGCUGUGCGAAAGGCUGAAAAGUUGCACUAGGUGCCUUAAUGAUGUUGCUCUUAAUUCUUUUGAACCAGACUUACUUACAUUAGAGUAUUAUUUGGGAACAAACUUCUCUCUUCCAUCACCCCACCCUACCCUGAGGGCCAGUCGUAUUGUGCAUAACCUUGACUUUGUUCCCACAAGUUUUAGAUUGCAUCAUAUAAAGGGAUAUUUACAACAACAAAAAAGGGAACAUCAAACCUGAUGAAGAAAA